GGGGAUGUAACCGGAUGAGAACCCUCUUGACUCCUGCGUGUCUCUGACGCAUCCUGCCAGGAGCGGAAGUGUCUGGGAUUCUGCUCGAGCUACAAAACAGUCGUUUGUGGGGGGGAAAAGGAGGACGGAGCGAACAGCGUCUGCAUCCCUUCACACACACUCACACCAUCAUCAUCAUCAUCAUCAUCAUCAUUCCACUCAGCCGGCCUCCGUUCAUGUCGAUGCAUCGGCACGGGACAUGCUCCACCAGGUCUGCGCAGUCGACGUGAACGCCUGCCUGGACACGGGAGAGGAUUAAGUUACUGCUGCUGGCGACGGAUUAUUGUAUUGGCCUCCUCCCGUCACGCCCGAGUCUCUGGCGAUCUCUUUUCCCCAAUAAAGAGAGAGGGGCUGCUCCGAAGCCAGUGUCUCCCCGUGGAAUGAACUACGUCCUUUGUUACACCCGAAUGACGGAACCGCGUCUUUGUAUUGUGCGCUGAUGGCAAUAAUAUCAGAUGGUCAAAACCCCCCCCCAAAAAAAGAAGCGAUGUCUUUCCGACGAGGUGUCGUCAGGCAGAGCAAGUUCCGCCAUGUUUUCGCUCAGGCGUGGAAGGCCGAGCACUGCAUCGACGACGUCAGGGUGUCCCGCGUGACGUGGGACACGUCCCUCUGCGCGGUCAACCCCAAAUUCAUCGCCGUGAUCAUCGAAUCGGGCGGAGGGGGAGCCUUCCUCGUCGUUCCGAUCAACAAGAGCGGCAGAAUUGAUCAGUCCUGUCCGACGGUGUGCGGCCACGCGGCGCCGGUGCUGGACAUCCAGUGGUCGCCCCACGAUGACAAUAUCAUCGCAAGUGCCUCCGAGGACUGCACAGUAAAGGUGUGGCAGAUCCCAGACGGGGGCUUGACAAGCCCAAUGACUGAGGCCAUUGUGACCCUUGAGGGUCACAGUAAAAGAGUGGGCAUCCUGGCUUGGCACCCGACUGCUUUCAACAUCCUCCUCACUGCAGGCUGUGAUAACGUCAUUUGUGUGUGGAACGUGGGGACGGGGGAGCUCGUGUACCAGCUGAGCGACGCCCAUCCAGACCUGAUCUACAGCGUCAGCUGGAAUAAGGAUGGCAGCGCUGUCUGCACCGUCUGCAAAGACAAGGCCCUGCGCGUCAUUGACCCACGAAGAAACGUCGUCCUCAAGGUCAAAGAGAAGGUCCACGACGGUACCAGGCCUAUGAGAGCCGUGUUCCUCUCGGAUGGGAAGAUCCUGACCACCGGCUUCAGCCGUAUGAGUGAGAGACAGCUGGCAUUAUGGGAUAUGAAAGAUCUCUCAGAGCCAAUGGCUGUACAAGAAAUGGACACAAGUAAUGGAGUUCUUCUGCCCUUCUAUGACCCUGACACCAACAUGGUCUACCUGUGCGGAAAGGGAGACUGCACCAUCCGGUAUUUUGAGGUGACCGAUGAAUCCCCGUACGUUCACUUCCUCAGCUUAUUCAGCAGCAAGGAGCCGCAGAGAGGGGCGGGCUUCCUUAGUAAAAGAGGUGUGGACGUCAACAAGUGUGAAAUUGCCAGAUUCUACAAACUGCAUGAAAGGAAAGUGGAACCCAUCUCUAUGACUGUACCACGGAAGUCAGAUUUGUUCCAGGGAGACCUUUACCCGGACACCGCCAGCAUGGAGCCGGCUCUCCUGGCUGACGAAUGGAUCGCCGGGCAGGAUGCACCGCCGCUGUUGGUCUCCCUGAGUGGCGGGUACACGACCCAUCCAUCCAAGCACAGAGACAUCCUCAGGAGCAAGCCCAAGCUCGCCUCACAGGACUCUGGUACUGGGGCUACCCCGCCUUCAACAGGCCAUGUGGCGGCUCCCACGGCGACACCCGCCUGUGCCACCAAGGAGACGGAAGAAGAGGCGCCACAGCCGCGAGUAGCCAUGAGAGACACGGAUGGAAAUAGUGAGAGGCCGAAGAGAGAGGACGACCUGUUGAACGAGUUGCUGGCAGAAAUGAAGGCUCUGCGCGCCGUCGUGCUCGCCCAGAGCCAGCGAAUCGAGUUGCUGGAGAGGCAGCUGGCUCGGAUCGAAGACGGGGACGUAUGAGGAAGCAGGAGAUUCACUACAUUCAGAGGGCACUCCUACUAAAUCCGUAGUCCAUAGCCUUACUCGGAUCAACUAUACCUUGAGCUGUGUCAGUGAGAGAAUGUAGUGUACAGUAGCAAUUAGCCGUAAAUCACACAGGCUUACAACACAGAGUCGACUAUUGUAAUGAAAACCAGACCACAAUUUGUUUCUGUGAUCGUUUUGCAGAUUGUGUUUGAGAGCAGGGUGUCAUCUGCAUAGAGUGAAAUCCCACAGUGAGACAAUGUUUGGUUUUAUGAGGGAGUGUAGUAGCAGCUGUUUGGUGGUGCAUAUAGUGCGGCUUUGAACUUUGCAAAUUCCAUGAGUUAAUUUUGAUGGGCCUUGAAGGAGGUUACAGUGGCACCAUUGCCUCAAAUUAUUUAAUGCACAAGCUAGGAACAAGCAUUUUAUUAAAACGUAUGAAGGUUCACAUUCUUUAGCAAAUGAAGUACCUCUAAUAGGAUUUUUCUUUUCUUUCUUUUCUCUGAAGCACUCACAGUUGUAAGCAUUAGGGCUAUUUGAUCAGGUAGUUGAAGCUGCUAUACAGUGAUGUCAUAUCAGCCCCUCAAUUGUUAACUCAUCUUGUGACUUUGUGCUUUGUUUUACUAUUUCCUUGUAGGACACUGUGUGUGAGGUUGACGGUAGGAAAGUCUUCUGGUGAACAAAUCGCGACCUUGACGGAGAGAUUUGUGUGAAUGAUAGCUGAUGAGAGUGUCGCUCAAUAUUUGUGUGUCUUGUGAUUCUGUGUAGUCUUUGCAGUCGAUGAAAAAGGGUAACAUGUGAUUUUGUUACCUCAUGAUGUCAGGAUUUCUGUAACAUCACGAGGCAAGCUGUCGGUCCACAUCAUCAUUCAGAUAUAAAUACACAGUUAUACUUGCCUCUUUACCUUUCUUUUGACAUGGCUUACAUUUCUGUCAGUCAUCACCUCUCCUGAGAAUUUUUUUCAGAGCUGCCGGCUAAAACGAAAGAUGCCCACCAGACAGGGGGCCUACUUCUUAUUAUAUGCAGAUAUAACACUAACACUUGUUUUCAGUCAUCAUCAGGUGUUUGCGGCCAUAAUAAAGAGGAAGUUCAUGGGAACAUGCAUUUUCUACAGUUUGCAUUUGUGAUGGUAUAAAAAAAAAUAUAUAUAUAUUUUUUGUUUUGUUUUGUGUUUUUUGCCAUUACAAUUUUGAGGCACUAAUGUAUUCCCUGUCCAUCAGUCAACUAUAGUGCAACAAUGGUACAUUCCACAUCGUCAUUUUCCCUUUAUUACUACAAUUUUUAAUUUAUAUUUCUUUCUGCACUAACUUCUUAACACUAAUUGUAAAACCGGUAGCAUUUUAAACGAGACUGCAUUGUGAAAGCUCAAUAAAUAUCCAUUCCUCCUUUG